UCAUCGCACUGAAGUACGAUCUUUAUCACACUGCGCCUGCAAGUAAUGUGCGGGCCUUGUGGAGUGUCGAAAUCCGUACGAUGUCACGUGUUUCGUUAUGGAAAUAUUUAUAUAUGAACAAUGUGCGUAAAACGAUCGUUUAGAACAUUUUACCAGGAGGCCUAUUUGAAACGGGUGGUUCUAUUUCUAACAGGUCAACGAAUUUUCUCCCACUCACUGGACGGGUAUCCGAGGUCGCUUCAUGCUCCAGGCGUACAUUAAUUAGUCAAAACGUUUGCAUCACGCACGCCAUAAACAAUUGCCAUUGAUGUGUGUAUGCAAUAGUUCCGUGAGAAACCGAUUUUUACCCCGGUUUUCCCGAUUCGAUCUCGCGUCCACAGGUCCAGCUUUGUGAAGGUUGUGAUGGGUUUAAUAUAGAAUUGCGUCCAGUGCACUGUAAUCAGUAUACCGUUGCGGGUUACACCGACUAGACACGGUUGUGCAACAUCCUCGAUACGGAUCCAAGCUAGGCUCAAGUGUGCAAUGUUCAAGUUGGCAGUUAUUUGCGUCGUGGUGGCGAUUCUUAGUCACAGCCAUGCCCAAUGUCCCGAUAAUCCGUGCGGUGUGCAAGCCUCGUGCCGAUUGAACACGGCCGGCGUUCCGGUGUGUUCGUGUCCGUUCGGUUAUUUGGGCGAUCCGUUCAAAGAAUGCAUCCGGCCCGAGUGCGUAAGCGAUGGCGAUUGUACCGAGUUCCAGGGAUGUCGCAAGGGCAACUGUGUUGAUCCGUGUAUUUACAGCUGCGGUGAGAAUGCGGCCUGCACGACCAAACAUCACGUUCCGGUUUGUUACUGCCCCGAAGGUUUGACUGGCAGUCCGUUCGAGCGAUGUGAUCCUUUGUAAUUGCAAUAACGCAGAUCAUGUGUGAAUUAAAACUAAAUACAAACAAACAAACAAAAAAAAAGAGAGAGAGAGAGAGA